CGACAUUAAUCAGUCUAACUUUUAACGUGAGAACUCGAUUUCAAAAAUUUACUUCGCAAAUAAUAGUAUAAUAAUAAAUACAAUUUAUAUACAUAUGAUAUGAUAUCUAAAUUCAUAUCCUUACUAAUUUAUCUAUCUAUCUAUACUAUUACUAUUAUUAUUAUAUGUAUAUAUAUAUAUAUAUAUCACAUAAAAAAUGAAUCAUUUAUCUUGAAUUUUUUAAAACAACCAAAAUCAAUUAUUGUGAUAAUUUCUGAAAAAAGUUAGGAAAUAAUUCAAAAAAUAUUUACAAUAUUAUUUUCAUAGUAAUAUUUUUGCUCCAAAGUAUUAUCAACUUAGAACAUUUAAAAUAUUUACCACUUUUCAUAAAUAAUUAGAUUUUUUUUUUAUAUUUCAUAAGUUAAAACCAAAUUUCCGUUAAUUUGAUAAUCGUCGUUAUCUAAAAAGAUUAUAUAUUAUAUUAUCCAAAAUAUUUUACAUCAUAAUAUUUUUAAAAUAAAUAUAAAUCCAUGUAUAUAGUUUUAUGCAUAUAUGAAUGUUUUUAAGUUAUUUUAUAUAAUAAUUUUUAAAAUUAAAAAAUUAAAAAAACUUUAUUGUAUAUAUAUAUAUAUAUAUUUAAUAUUCAAUUAAUUAUUAACUAUUUUAAAAGCAUGAAAAUAAUUUAUUAUAAUAGUUUAUAUAUAUAUAUAUAUACAAUUUUUUUGUAAAACUCCGGUGAUCUCGUCAGAGGCGGAGGUACGUUGUGGGUUGGGGGGGCAAUUGCCUACCAUGAAAAUAUUAAAAUUAGUUUAGUUUUAUAACAAAUUGAAGUUAUGUCCAUGUUGUUAUAUUAUUUCUUUGCCCCCUAUACUUUAAAUAAUUACCAUAACUAAAAAUAUUCUAAUUCAUAUAAAUAUAAAACAAAAGUCCAGUUUGUUUUUAUAUCUACAAUCUCAUAUUUUAGUGAAUUGGGCUUUAUUUAGUUUAGCAGAUCUAAUCCAUUUUAAAUAAAAACAGUUUUUAUUAAAUAAAUAGAAAAUAUGGAUAUUUGUUUUAGGAAAAUCAACUAGGUCUACGUCUUCUCAACUUCUUCUGUCGUCUUCUUCCCCUGCAAUUUUUUUCCACCGGCUAGAAUCACUCACGAAAUUUUCUGUCCAUAUAAAUGGAGCGAUAUUAUAACAAAACGAGUGUUUCAGAUUCUAAAAGAAAUUUGGAUAAAUUGGAUAACUCUGAUGAUUUAGAUUCUUUGCCGUGGGAUCCAGCUGAAAGAAAAAAGAUAUCGCAGUAUCUUCCGAAUCAAAAAGACGAAGUAAGGCGGAAAUAUUUAACUAGAGGUCCUUGUCAACCAUAUGGUCAUGUUUUUCAAAAGAAGAAGUUUGGAACAACAAUGAGGCGGUUUAAUCCAGCUUGGUUUGAGAAGUAUGGUAAUUGGCUAGAGUACAGCGUCUCCAAAGAUAAAGCAUUUUGUUUGUGUUGCUAUUUGUUCAGAGAUGACAUACGAAAACAAGGUGGAAAUUAUGCUUUUGUGACUGAAGGUUUUUCUUGUUGGAAAAAACCCGAGGCUUUAUCUGAGCAUGUAGGUGGAAUUAAUAGCUUUCAUAAUAUUGCUGUUAAGAGAUGUGAUGAUUUGAUGAAUCAAGGUCAGUCAAUUGUGCAUGCUUUUUAUAAGCAAGGCGAUGUGGUGAAAAAUGAAUAUCGCAUCCGGUUAAAUGCUUCAGUUGAUGCCUCUAGGUACUUGUUACGACAAGGAUUACCUUUCCGCGGUCAUGAUGAAGGAAAAGAUUCUGCUAAUAAAGGAAACUUUGUAGAGCUUUUGAAGUAUACCGGAGAACAAAAUGACACUGUAAGUAAGGUUAUUUUGGAGAACGCUCCAAAAAAUAAUCAGAUGGUUUCUCAAGUGAUUCAGAAAGAUAUUGUACAUUGUUUUGCUCAAGAAGUACUGAAAUCUAUCAUGGAAGAAAUCGAUCAUGGAGUGUUCGGUUUGAUGGUCGAUGAGUCUGCAGAUGUUUCUAACAAAGAGCAAAUGGCUGUUGUCUUUCGGUUUGUUGAUAAAAGUGGAUUAGUUAAAGAGAGAUUUGUGGGAGUUGCUCAUGUAAAAGAAACGUCUUCUUUAUCUCUGAAAUCUGCAGUUGAUGACUUGUUUGCAAAACAUGGGUUGAGCCUAAAACAGUUGAGAGGACAAGGUUAUGAUGGAGCAAGCAAUAUGAAGGGACAGUUUAAUGGGAUGAGAGCAUUGGUUGCUAGAGAAAAUAGUUCAGCCUAUUAUGUACAUUGUUUUGCUCAUCAACUUCAGCUAGUUGUGGUGGCAGUUGCGAAAAAGAGCUUUGAAGUUAGUAAUUUUUUUGACAUGGUUUCGACUUUGCUGAAUGUGGUUGUGGCUUCUUGCAAGAGGAAAGAUACACUUCUUGAUAUGAAUCGGAAGAGGGUGGAGGAAGGGAUUGACAGUGGUGACAUUAACACUGGAACGGGACAAAAUCAAGAGAUUUCUCUUCCAAGGCCUGGAAAUACUCGUGGAGGUUCUCAUUAUAAAACUUUGCUGCGUCUGGUUGAGUUGUUUCCUUCAGUUAUUGAAAUCCUUGAAAGUGUUCAAGAUGAAGGCGCUGAUGACUCAAAAAGAUGUCAAGCAUAUGGUCUUCUCAAGUAUUUUCACACAUUCGAUUGUGUGUUCUAUUUGCAGUUGAUGCUGUUUAUUUUGGGAGUAACUGAGAAUCUGUCAAUGGCUUUGCAAAUGAAGAAUCAAGUUAUUUCAAAUGCCAUGUCACUUGUAGAUUCAACUAAACGGGAGUUGCAAAAAUUUCGAGAAGAUGGAUGGGAUUUGCUAAUCGGUAAAGUUUCAUCAUUCUGCGAAAAGAAUAAAGCUACUAUGCUUGUGAUGGAUGAAGAAUUUGUGGAUUUAAGGAGGCCAAGGAAAAAAACUGGUGUAACCAAUCUGCAUCAUUACAAGGUUAAUUGUUUCUACGCUGUUAUGGAUUUGCAACUUCAAGAGCUUAAUGAUCGAUUUACUGAGGUAAACACUGAUUUGCUUAUUUGUAUGGCUUCUUUAAGUCCUGCCAAUUCCUUCCGUGAGUUUGAUAAGUCUAAGCUUUUGAGAUUGGUUAAGUUCUAUCUUGAUGAUUUUAGUUUUGGAGAGUGUCUAUCUAUGGAACACCAUCUUGGAAUCUACAUUGAUAAUAUAAAAAACGAUGAACGGUUUAAGAAUUUGAAGAAUCUUGGAGAUCUUUCUCGUCUGAUGGUGGAAACAAAAAAGCACCUUGUACAUCCUUUAGUUUAUAGGCUCUUGAAGUUGGUUUUAACAUUGCCUGUUGCUACUGCAAGUGUUGAAAGGUGCUUUUCUGCAAUGAAAUUAGUGAAGACAGCUACACGCAACCGAAUUGAAGACGAGUUUCUAAGUGAUUGUUUAGUAUGUUAUAUUGAAAAAGAGUUGUUUGAAUCUGUUACAAACGAAACAGUGGUGAAGCGAUUUCAAUCCAUGAGAGAGCGUAGGAUCCAUUUGUGAUGAUUUGUACGGUUUUAUGACAAUGGUUUUUAUAUUUUAUCUAAUAGUUUUUAUUUAUGCCCCUGAUACAUAUAGUUUCUAGAUCCGCCACUGGAUCUCGUCACCACCGCUCGGACGCUUCUAGAGUUCAUCAUCAUCAUCCUCUCCAUGCCUCUUUUUUCUUUCCUUCCAAUCCAGUUUUGGCGAUCCCUAUGGUAUCUUAAAUGUGAUCAGUGGAUAUAUGAAAAUCCAUAUUAGUGAUACAAGUAAGUGUUCAUCUCUGAACCAAGAUCUUAUGUCCUCAUGAAUGUUUAUCUAAUUGUUUCUGUUAAUCUACGAAAGUUUUUGUGCUGGCUAAUUAUUCGAAAACCUGAAAAUGUAGUGCUUUUAGUUGUGGUCUUCUGUCCACAGUUUAUUCUAUGGUAUUCAUUAUAAGAUGAUAAGUAUCAUGUAUAUAGUUUAGAUAUUAUUAGAUACUAUUCUCUGAAUAUUCCCUAGAAUAUCUCACCUGUACGUUGUAUAUAAUAUCGUAUCAAUACAAUGAUCAGUUCAAGGGAAACAAUAUUACUUACGGUUAAGACAAAAGUAGAGUUUGGGCUUUAAGUAGAUUUGGCCCCUUAUAAACGACGCCGUUCUAACGGAAACGUUUCUAUUUCAUGUAAUAAAACCAAAACAGGAAGUCAGUUUUAAAUUUUUGUUGUCACAUGAUGUUAGCUGAGUUUAAAGGCAUGGAGACAUUGGAGUUUAGUAGAUGGGUAUUGUCAAAGAGAAGCUACUUCAAGAAUUUUCAGACGGAGUCAAGUAUCAGAUUUUCUGAUGUAGAUUUGCCUACUUAACUGUAUAUAAAUGCACACACAUAUGUAUAUAUGUGUUCUUACUUCUUACAUAUAUCAUCAGAAGGAAUACCAAACAAAAUUGUACAUAGACCCUAACUGGCUAUCUUCUCUGUGCCUUGAAUCUUGAAACUGGUUUUGAUGGCUGAGACCCUGAAGGCUGCUUACAAACAAAAACAUGCAGUAAGAAUUAUGUUUCCAGCAUUGCUAAUGAUGUGUUCUUCUUGUGGUAAUGUACCUGCAUUAGGCAGUGUGUGUUGGUUUCUAGAUUACGGGCGUGCUCUACGAUCGAUCCAGUAAACGCCUGCAAGAUUCAGAUAUUUAAUGAGCUUAAAGGAAAAUAUCAGAUCUGCCCCAACAACUACACUACUACUAGCUAGCAUCAAAAGUAAAAAUGUUUGUUUGUAGAAAGAAAAGAAGAGAAGAUUACAGUAAAAUGUUUUUCUUACUUUCAACAGAUCAUCUACAUGUUUGUGUGGAUAUCUCUCUGGUAAUACUUGAAUAGCUUUUUCUUUGACUCUUGGCUGCAUCAAAAGUAAUAAAACAUGAGGAAAAAAAAAACAUAUAACCAUAAACAUGAACCUAGAUGUGAGUUCCCUUACAUCUGAAUAUCUCAUGGGUUCACCAAUAACUAUGGCCAGACACCUUCUCGAGAACAGAUAUGCUAGAUUCUUGUUUCGCAGAAGAUUUCUCAUAAUCUAUCUUAUUGUGAUUUGUCUUAUCUCCAAUACCAUUCACCACACCGAGCAACUCGCUCUCCUCGAUACUUUCUACAGAAGAAUCUUGUUCUUCACUUAUAUAAUCAUCGCCAUCCUCACCCUCCAGUUCUUCUUGCAUUUGAAGUUCAUUCAACUUGGACAUGAUUCGUGAAAAUUCAUCAUCUUCAACUUCACCUUCUCCGGCCUCUCCCUCUCCUCCAGGAUUAACACCAGAAGCCUCCUUUUUAACACCUGGCUGAAGCACAGUUGCAUAAUCUUCUUCUUCUUCUUCAUACUCUUCUCUUAUCUCAAGAAGUCCUUCCUAUUAAAGAAACACCACUUAAGAUCACUAUGAAAGCAAACACAUCAUCCAGUCCACACAUUUUGAAACAAACAUACCGCAAGCAGUUGUAGCGAAGAAGGAAGCCUCCGUUUGAAUGGAACCUGUAAGCAUCAGAUUCAUCAAAUCGUGUACGCAAUUAGAAUCUAAGGGAAAGGCUGUUUUAAUGGAUCGAAACUCGCCAUAACGUUGUGAUGGAGCUGAUCGGGAAGCUUCUUGAUGAGAUUGUCGUUUUCGUCGACGAAAUGUUGAAGACGGUUCAUUUCUUCCUUCUUCUCUCCAUUUCCGGUAAGGGUUUAAGCACAACGAUUGCAGAGAAACAACAAAGAACCAAAGGGUAGAUUAGAAAUAUUUUUGGACUGGAAUUUUAAAUUAAAAAUAUAGAUCAUCAUAGUACCGAACUUCUCUUAAAUACAGAAAUGCAAUAUUAAAAUUAUUAAAAAACUAUCUCUAACCACUAAUAAAAUUAUGAGUGGAAAAUUGCAUCAAAAUAUCUAUCAAUAAUAAUAGUUAUAUAUAUAUACAUAUAUUAGUUUAUUAACAAAUACCCAAUAUAAAUCCUAAAAUCCACUCAGAAAUAAAGGUUAGAAUUUUCGAUUGACUGUAAGCAUUGAUUAUUCCAUGUUUUGUAACUAGGGAUCCUUUGAACUUUAGAGCGUGCCAAUGUCGUGGUUUACAGAGUACAGAUGAUAACAUCAAUGUUUUGGUUUUGUAAUAACUUCAAAUCUGUUCUGCAUUUUAAUAUUUAUCUAAACGUUGAAUAUUUAUAUUAAUGGCUUACCUAUUUGAUUAACCACCAAAUUGAGAAGCCCUGGAUUUUGAUGAACAAUGACUUACGUACGGACAUAGACAAUACCUCCAAAUUUGACAAUGGAGGGACCAGUACAUGGUAGAAUACAUUGAACUUACUCAAAAGCAUUGUUCUUUUUCGCGUCGAACAAUAUUAUUAUUGUGUAACUAAGUUAUUUUGUUCUUAUUAUAUUUGUCGUUUGUGCUUUACUGUAAAUUACCGCUUCGUUCACCAUUUUUGGACGUGGCUUACGGACUCUUAAAAGUCUGGAUGUGAAAGUUAUAAACUUGAUCAAAAACAUUAGUUUAUUAUGAGCUGAGGCCAUGAUGAAUGUAGAAACCAAAAAUGUAUCUGCUUCCAUCGGAGCCACGCAACCAAUCCAAAACCUGACACUUGUACAUAUACAUGCAUUCGGCCUUUUAGAGAUAUUAUAGAAUUUUGAAAAAUAUAAAGUAUUAAUAAUAUAGUGAAUCAUGUAUAUAGUCCGCUGAUAAGUGGCGUACGAAAUGGAAAUACGUAUUUUCUGAAACAGCUUUUGUAUUUGGACUUGUAUAUAAUCUUGUCGUAUCCUUUCUGUGUUGCAAGUCUUGUUAGAUUCGAUGUACAUCUAUCCUCUAAAAUUGUAUGGUAGAAAACUAAAUAUAAAACAUUAGGCGAUUUGUUUAUUGCAUCAUGUACAGUAAUCAAACUAGCUCAUUUUUAGGUUCGUAUGAUUUAUCAAUCACGUAUGUUUUUUUGGUUUACCAUUAAUCAACCAUGCAAUACGUAACAUAAUUUUUAAGAAAAAAUAAUGUCUUAGCAAAAGUUAUUGACCGACGUAAAACUUACAUUAAUCAAAACUAGCUCAUUUUUAGGUUCGUAUGAUUUAUCAGCCACGUAUGUUUAUACCAUUAAUCAACCAUGCAAUACGUAACAUAAAUUUUAAGAAAAAAUCAUGUUUUACAAAAA